UAUCUUCUGCUUUUAUAAUUUGCUUGGCAAUAUUACUUUUUAGUUGAAACAAGAUGCAAAGGUAAAUUUUAAAUUAAUUUAGACUUAUUCGAAGGAGUUGUCGCAGAUUAUAUUUCUGAAAACAGAACCCGCAGAACAAGAUCAUUCGUGAACCGUGACGCAAUGCAGCAGUGUCCUCCAUAUUACAUGAAUGUAUCUGAAUGCGUAUAAAAUAUGAGGAACUACAAAGUAGUAGUGGUAGUAGUGCUCUUUCUUUUGGUUAGCAAAGUGCUCUUUCUUGAAUUCUUAAAUCUUCUGCUAUUAUAAUUUGCUUGGCUGAAACAAGAUGAAGAUGAAGCUUUUCCAGCUCUUUAUCACUGCAUCGAUUCCAGUCUUGAAAACCCUAUUGAUUACUGCCCUUGGCUCAUAUCUUGCAACUGAACGCGUCAAUAUUCUGGGGGAAGACAGUCGGAAGCACUUAAACAGUGUUGUAUUUUUCGUGUUCAAUCCAGCCCUGGUUGGUUCCAGCCUUGCCCAGACCAUAACAUAUCACAGUAUGAUUAAGCUGUGGUUCAUGCCUGUGAACAUCCUCAUGACCUUUAUUGUUGGUUCAAUAUUUGGAUGGGUACUCAUCCUAUUAACAAGAACUCCUCCACGUCUUCGAGGUCUUACUGUGGGUUGCUGUGCUGCUGGAAAUUUAGGGAACAUGCUCCUUAUUAUAAUCCCAGCUGUUUGUGAAGAAAAAGGGAGUCCAUUUGGAGCUCCUGAUGUUUGUUACGCUUACGGAUUGGCAUAUGCUUCACUUUCAAUGGCGAUCUCGGCUGUUUAUUUUUGGUCCUAUGUUUAUAGUAUUGUGAGGAUAUCUUCAAAGAGAGACACUCUUGGUCAAGACACGAUCCAAUCUUUGGAGAGAUCCUCCAUCCCAAACCAACAGAUCAUGACACCUCCCGGCAAAAUAAUGAACCGUAUAAUGAAGGUGGUUAAAAAGCUCAAUCUAGAAACCAUCCUUUCCCCCUCAAUAGUUGCAGCGAUCGUUGGCUUUGUUAUCGGAGUCAUCCCUCCAGUUCGAAAAGUAUUCAUAGAAGAUGGCGCUCCUCUACGGGUGAUUAAUGACACUGCUUCCUUGUUGGGAGGUGGAGCUAUCCCGGCUGUCACUCUUAUAAUAGGAGGAAACCUCCUUAAAGGCCUGAGAGGGUCUGGGAUACAGACUUCUCUCGUAAUCGGCAUCAUCAUUGUUCGUUAUGUUGCCCUGCCUCUUGCAGGCAUAUUGAUCGUUAAAGGGGCAAUGAAAUUUGGCUUAGUACACUCUGAUCCAUUGUAUCUGUUUGUUCUUUUCCUUCAAUUUGCACUCCCACCUGCAGUGAGCAUAGCAACCGUCACUCAAUUGUUCGGAGCAGGGGAGAAAGAGUGUUCGGUUAUCAUGCUGUGGACUUAUGUUCUUGCUUCGGUAGCGCUUACUUUUUGGUCUGCCUUCUUCAUGUGGCUUGUCGCCUAAGUGUGAAAUUGCAAUGAAUUUUAAGAUCGAUCACUUUGAAAAACUAGAUGAUCGAACCGUACUUCAAUCUACGUACGUACCUUGUAAUAUCUUUGUAGGGAAAUUGUCACAUGAAGA